GGAAGAUGACGAAGAGGGACCAUGACUUACAAAACGACUCUUUGUCAUGUGGGGUGUUCUCACUAAUGUUUGCAGAAAUGAUCCUCCAGGGACAACAAGGGCACCUCCAAUGCCUCCCUAUCGCUCAAGAGCGGGAGAGACUUGGGACUUUGUUGUUCAACUCCCUUGAUACGAAGACUCUAAGAAGAAAAAAGGGAAAAAUCACCAAAUCUAAAAAUACAGUAGAUGGUGGCCUUGCACAGGAAUCUGAGUCCACAGAGGGUGAACAAGAUCAACCUGUUGGAGAGCACCCAUGUGCAGUAGACGGUGGCCUUGCACAGGAAUCUGAGUCCACAGAGGGUGAACAAGUAGAUGGUGGCCUUGCACAGGCAUCUGAGUCCACAGAGGGUGAACAAGUAUUAUUCGAAGUGGAGAGUGUUCUCCGGUUACCUGACGGGACCAAGGCCAAAAGAUAUAAAGUGACUAGGGAGGAACUGGUUAGAAGGUGUGGGCCACCAGAGGGCUAUUCGCCCAAUGCUCUGGUGGCCUACUUAAGGAAAGGCAAGAGCCAAAAAGAGGCGCUCAUGGCCAAGUUGCACGACUCACAGGUGGAGCCAGGACCACGAAUCAGGCUGUCAACAAGUGUCAGCAAGUUGUGUGAAGAAGAAUGUCUGGCCCUUGCAGAGGAUGUAAAUUACAUGGGUUUUAAAUACCUACCAAUUCAAAAAAUUGGCCAGGCUUGCCUGGAGGAGGACCAACAUCUUGAGGCCAUCGUCAAGGCCCAACACUGCAGGCAGACACUAACAAGGAUAAAGACCGCGAUGGAGGCCAACUGGUCCUAUUACAACCUCGCUACGCAUGGCCUUGGGCCAGAAAUGUUGAAGGGUGCGUUUUCUUUAAUUGAUGCGUGCCUGGUCGAGGCAGAGAACCUCCACUGCCUCCAGAAGUAAAUAAAGCAUGUCAAUUUUAAAGUGGU